UAACAUCUAUAUGUACGCGGACGACACAUGCCUACUGUAUGCGGAUAAAGACUUGACUGUAAUAGAAAAUAAAAUACAAGAGGAUUUUACUAACAUCAUUAAAUGGGCACAUGACAAUGGAAUUGUUAUCAACAUAAAUAAAACCAAAUGUUUGCACGUGCGAUCCGAACAAAUUUAUAUUAUAUUACAGUAGACAAGUUAAUCGGCCGCCACGCAUAAUUGGCCACACGUACGAGUGCCUGCACAGCGCAUUACAGAACUGUGAGUGUGAGAGUAUCGAGGUUGUGUCAGAGUACAGGUAUCUGGGCUUAUUAAUAGAUUACAAUUUUUCUUGGAAAAGUCAUGUCAACAAGUUAUGAGAAAAAUUAACAACUGUACUAGUAAAACUACAUCAGUUAAAAUAUGUAUUGGAUAGGGCCACGAUGUUUACCUUAUACUAUGCGCUGGCAAACUCUCUGUUUUCUUAUGCUCUGGCAUGCUAUGGUAGGACAUUUAAAACUUAUCUAAACAGUAUUAAAUCAUUACAGAUACGCUUUAUUACAUUUUUUUUUAUGAAAUUGGCUUUAGUGUGUAUAGUAACAAUUACCACCGAAGUGACUUCAUCCACCUGAUGACUCUUUUAAAAAUCGCCAAUAUUUCCUCAUUUUGUAACUUGUGCGAGUUACUAUGCGUCGCGUAAUGAGUGCAGUGAUUGUAUUAGUGUUGCUUGCAAGCUUGGAAUGUGCUAGAAGUUACAAUCGUAAAAACCCGCCGGCCGUUUGCCCCCAAAACAGUACCUGUCAUUAUUUACAAGACGACUCUACUGAUCACUUGUUUCGCUACUUAUUGAAUGGAUCUAAACGUAUAAAUAUAGAAUACACGGGAUCAGAUAAAUAUUUCCUGGAGUGCGAAGAGAUUAUCACAUUAGCCGACAACUUACCAGUUCUGGUUGAACAUGAUAAUGUGGAAGAAGUUGAAAUUCGCAACUGUAAAGCCAACCAGAAUACGUCAUAUUACGACAUAUUCAAACUAUGGCAUAUCACUCUGACUAAGACACUACGGCUCACUGAACAAGCCGCGGAACCUAGAUUACAGGAACAUCAUCUGCGUAAUCUGCAAAUAUACAAACUCAUUAUUGUCGCCAAAAGCUCUAAAAACCCACCGCGCCCGUCACAAGAUUUCCUUAGCGGUGUUACAGAACUACGUACGUUAAUGCUUAACAAUGUAGUUCCGGAUGUGCAAGCAUUUAUGCAGUUCCCUGUAAAGCUAGAGACCCUAAUACUAAAGUGCGCGCAAGUGCCAGCUGCGGUCAGAAAGCUAGGAAACGGCAGCGCUUGGCUGGAGCAGUUACCCUCAUUGAAAACUCUGUCCAUUCAAGAGAGCUCCAUUCACGGAGCCGAGCCUUUAACUCUACCUAAAUUUAAGGUAUCGUUACGAAACUUGACAAAUCUAGAAUUAAUAGGUGUACCGCUUAAUUCAAGCAGCUUAACUGGGAAGUUAAAUGGCUCAUCUAUUAAAAGUCUUGAUCUCCAGUAUUGUGGGUUGACUAACCUAUCAUAUGCCAUGUUUGAGGGAGCAAAUCUUACCAAACUUAGGAUACAGCAUCAAAAGUUGACCGUACCAAUGCCAAGAGGCGUGUUUUCACCGCUGCAGUGGCUGGCGGACCUGGACCUAUCACACAACAACUUGGACGGUGCUUCCCUUCUAGAUGCAGUGUUUACGCUGCCACGUAUGCAGAAGCUAGUAGCCAGUCACAACCCUCUGGGCUCGCUGUGUGGUGAUGCUGAUGAUAACAUAAAUAAUUCUCCUGAACGUACAGCAAAGUGGCCGAAGUCGCUGCAAUAUUUGAAUUUGAUCAAUACGAAAGCAACCCGAAUUUGCCCAGAAUGGGUCGAAAACGACGAGCUGAUGACGAUUGAACUUCAAAAAAACAACAUUGGAGAUCUUACUUACAAAGAUCUGAUUAUGAAAAGAGCUAUUAGCGGGCCAUCGUCACAGCCGGUGGUGUUAAACCUGUCCGACAAUCCCAAUUUAGGUAUUGUCGUAAUAUCGAGCACCGAUAACCUACAAUGCCACAACGACUCUGCUCUAAAAGACUCUAACAAUCGAACGCGAGUAAAGGUGAAACUUAUAGCAAGAGAUGUUAGGUGUCGUGAUCGUGGCGGGUAUUUACUGCAUAAGGCUCUUAGUGAUUGCCCACUGUGGUUGGUGCCUAGCGAUAGCGGUAGCAGCCCCAAUACCGAAAGUUUAUGCCCGUACAACAGUGAUUGCUUACCAGAAUGUAAUUGUUCCAAGCGGCUGCGCGACAAUGCAACAGUUGUGGAAUGUUGGGAGGCCCUGCCGCCGGAUCCUCGGUGGCCGCCGUCAAGCCGGGACUUCCCGCUGGUGCUGUACGCGGCGCCCGGCACGCUGGCUGCCGUGCCGGCCAACAUCGACGUGCUGCUGGAGCUACACGCACCCAAUAACAGCAUCAGCACACUUGAUGGCGGGGAUAUAGCUGAUACGCUUGUCGAAUUAAAUGUUAGCUACAACAACAUUCGGCAUAUCUCGAAGGAUGCGGCUCUGAAGCUGAGCGCUGAAGGCAAAAUCCGCUCUGUCGGACUCAAAGGCAACCGUCUUGAUUGUUUCUGCUCCGACGUGCCAGCUUUCGAGCUUCUAGCGAGUAGCAAAGCGGUGCGUGAUUGGAAAGAAACUUUAUGCGCUGAUAAUAUUCACGUAAUGGAAAAAAUGAAAAGUGGGCUAUGUUUUCCAACCUUGUACCUAGCACUAGGCUUGGCAUGUUUACUACUAUUUGUGUUAGCAAUUGGAUUGGUAUUUCACUUUUGCAAACUACAAAUAAGACAAUUUUUUUUCAAAUUAAAUUGUUGCCAUCGCUAUAUCUUUAGAGUUCACGAUGACAUUGAAAAGAAAAAAGAUGUUUUUUUAUCAUAUUGCCACGAAAAUCUAGCGCAAAUGAAUAUUAUAAAAAAUUAUCUAGAAGAACGAGGUUAUUCUACAAUAGAACAUAAUCGUGAUUUUGGACCAGGCGAUCCUAUAUUAAGUCAAAUCGAAGACUCAGUGCAGCAAGCGCGUCGAACUCUUGUGCUUGUUUCAAAUCAUUUUAUGCAGUCCAAGUGGAUGGAACAUGAGUUUCGCUACGCACAUGAACAUGCGUUGAAGUAUCAGACAUCUAAAGUGGUAGUCGUUCUUUACAACUUAAGUACAGAGGCGAGGGAAAUGCUGCCACCUAAUUUAAGGUACUAUAUUAAAUACCACACUUACAUUAAUUGGCAUGAAGAACAUUUUUGGGCAAACUUGUCCAAGAUCCUUGGGACUCCUAAAUUUCAGAUCGUCGACCUUAACAUAGCGUAACCUUUUGGAUUUCUUUCAGGAAAAUAUUGAAUUUUGUACCUAUAGGUAGAGCUGACAAUGUGCUGAGAACGCUACAAGUGUAUAGAGUUUUUUUUUACUGUUUGCUCUAGAAAUGAGAUAUAGAUAGACAAGGCUUUAGAACAGUUAAACAAAGUUAAUGUAUUUUAGUAAGUAUGACCACAGAUAAAGUGUUUAAUGGUAUUUGGGAGCUUCAUUAGCGAAACUUUGUUGAACUUUUAAUUUAAAUUUUAUCUAUAAGUCAUCGUAGGCAUAAUAUUCUCUGCACGUCUAGUAAGUACGUGUUGCCGCAACUCGUGUGACUUCAUAUUAUGUCAAAUCGCGGAAAAUCGUGUUCGAUGUGGUACUGAUGCUCUGUAAUUUGACCAUCGCAACUUAAGGAUUUGCCGCGGACAACAUUUAAUUUUUCCAAAGUGACUUAAAGUAAAUUAACAUUAGCAAAUUCAGGUUUGCUGAAUACAUAUAAAAAAAGAAAUAGGAUAUUAGAUAUUUAAUAUUUAAUGGUUUUCUUGACACAUCUUUUUACAAGUUUUUUACUUAAUUUGUACUGUAAAACAUUUCACGGUCAAUUUUUACUUUAAGCAUCCGAUUGAGCGGAGCGUAUGUAAAUAUGUUUACAUGACAUUACAGAAAUAUAAUGCGUCGUGCAACUAAGAUUAAACAUGUUAACAAUAGCACAUAAUAAAAUAAGAUAUAAUAACAGUGUACACAAAAUAAAACAAUAUUACAUUACACUCGAGGGCCUGGCAUCCAUCACCUCACAGAACCUCAAACAUUUAUUUCUCACACUCGCCCACCGCAAUGCAAUCAGAUCGCACUCCCUUGCUGACGCCAAGAGCGCAUUAAGUAGUGAGAGAGCGCGGGGCAGUGGCGAGUUCCUACGCGACACAGUCUGAGCAGCCGGGACAGCAAGAACGCGUCUUCGAGGCCUGAGAGCUAAUUUGGGGACGUCUGGAACAAACAGUCGCACUAGGCGGCUUACUAGUUCAGGACAAUCCGACUCGACACGCAGUAACUAAUAAACUAAAGGUCCGUCUGACCUCUAAUGAAUUGUAUCCGAGGGUACCUAACAGAUACUUUGUCGGGUAGAGGAAUGGGUAGUCCCCAUAGAUUUCCUUGUACAAAAACCUUGGGAAAGUUUUUUGCAGUUUCUCCAGCGUUAAGGCAUAAGUUCAUUCAUACGGUAACCACACGAUCGACGAAGCCUCCAACUUGCCUUUAGGGGUAUUGUGUAUUCUUAAUUACUGUAACCAUAAAUCAGUAUAUUAAUUUUAUUGUCCUAGUUGUUCCCCAACUUUUUGUCUUUGUCACAUAGUUUAGUUUCAUACUGUAAGUUUCGGCUCAGCCGCAAGGUUUGCCGAUAUUUGGCCGAAACAGAAACUACGACCGAAACAUUAUUUUUGGUCGAAAAUGGCCGAAACCGAAACCAAACCUUCGUUCCGACACUAGUUCGCUUCCGAGAUAACUCAAUACUGUGUGAAUCAUUUAACAACGUUUAUGAAAAUUACUCUUAUGAUCAUUUGAAUAUAAUUUGUAUUAAUCAAGAUUUUGAGUAAACUUAUGAUAUCACUUUUUUC